ACAUUUCAGCAAGAAGGCCGGUCAUGAGUCCAGUAGAACUGCCCCGAAUAAAAUCACAUCCAGUGGGGAUCUUUUGAAGGCAUUGAACAGCACGGAAUGAGCAACCAGCGACCUCUCAAAAUUCUUACCUUGGACGGUGGCGGUCUUCAAGCUUUAGCAACACUCAGCAGCCUCAAUGCUGUCUGCAAAGCCAUUGCGAAACAGAAUGAGGCUACGAGGACACCAGCACCUCAUGAACUAUUUGAUGUAAUUUGUGGUGUCGGGACCGGCGGGUGGAUUGCGUUGCUGCUCGGGCGGUAUCGUCUCGAUAUAGCGACUUGUAUGGCUGUCUACAUGGAUAUCGCGAGGAAAGUCGACAGCACAGAGCGGACCUAUCGGUGGCACAGAAGACAUCGUUGCUUCAAGCUCGAUCAAGAUCGGCUUGCCUCAGUAACCGACGAGACAUUGCAGCGAUAUGGGCUCGAUCCGGGCUUGCUUCCUGGAGGGCCCUCGACGCCGGAUUCGCAGAAGAGUAUGAGCAGAUGCCAAUAUGCAUUUGCGGUGGGAGUUGUGCAACAACCCAAGAAAGACCAGUCCAAAUACGAGCUGUUCAGAUCAUACCAUCUGCCGGACAACAACACCAAGGGCACGCUGCCAGGUCCGGAACCAGAGAAAUGCCGUAUAUCUCAAGCAUUCGCCGCGAUAGGAGCUGCAAAGUUCUUUCUGAAACCUUGCAAAAUAGGAAAGAGCGUCUUCUUCGACGAGACGUUCCCUCAAUCGCACCCGAUCACCUCAAUCGCUCUAGAUGAAGUGUUUGGACUCUAUGGGCCAGAUGCUGACGUAUCAGUGUUGCUCAAUAUCGGUCCGGGCAUACCAUCGGAGGAAGACUGCAGAGAACUUGACCUGAUGUCGACUGGCCCUAUGGCUCGCCUGACCAGGAAAUUCUCAUGGCCAAGGAGAAGGCAGAAACCAGAGGGUGAGAGGGAGAGCCAGGAAGAGCUCGAACAGUCAACCUCGUCGCUCUCCAGCUCCAGCGAGAGCGCAUUGAGACUUGACCGUCAAAGACGCAUGGACAUCAAGGCAAGAUUGAAGGAACUGUAUGGUGAGCCUGGGCCUGAGAAAUAUCAUCAUCUCGGACCGGAUUACUCGCUGGAAAAGGCGUCGCUCAAUGACGUGCGGGCUAUCCGCCUUUUCCGCUCGCAGUCCAAUGAAUCACAGGAGAGUGCGGAAGAGAUUGACGGUGCCGUGAGACAAUUCUGGGUCAACGCAAGAGCUUGAGCUUGAGAAUGAGUUGGCAGGUAGCAGGUGUAUCAAGAAUGAAAGACGAUUCGUG